AUGGAUGCCGAAAAGCUCACUCCCCUCGUCAGCGACUGCUGGAAUGCCGACCAGCGAGGCAAGGCCGUCGGCAUUUACAGUUUGGCACCGCUGCUCGGCCCUGUGGUGGGCCCAAUUGCCGGUGGUUUCAUUGCAGAAACAACCACGUGGCGCUGGGUUUUCUGGUCUACCAGUAUCGCAGGUGCGGUCAUUCAACUCUUCGGUCUGGCAUUCCUCCCCGAGACUUAUACGCCGACGUUGCUGAAACGUCAGGCAAAGACUCUCCGCAAGAAAUCGGGUGACCGGCGCUACUAUACCGAAUUUGACUCCAGCCAUAGUUUAGCGUCUUCCUUGAAGACGGCAUUGGUGCGUCCUUUUCUGCUGCUGACCACACAACCCAUUGUGCAAGUGAUCGCCUUGUAUAUGGCGUACCUCUUCGGGUUGUUUUAUCUGCUUCUGUCGACCUUCCCGGGGGUAUGGGAAGGCGUGUACGGAGAAAGCGUCGGUAUUGGGGGGUUGAAUUAUAUCUCACUGGGGAUUGGUUUUGUGCUUGGAGCCCAGGUAAAUGCUCGCGCCAGUGAUCGGAUAUUCCGCCAGCUGAAGAGAAAGCGGAACAACACAGCUGUUCCCGAAUUUCGCAUCCCUGCCAUGUUCAUCGGAUCCCUGUUUAUUCCAAUUGGACUGUUCUGGUAUGGCUGGAGUGUGCAGGCGCAUAUCCAUUGGGUGAUGCCAAACAUCGGGAUUGUCAUCUUCUCCCUUGGAUCAAUCAUCUGUUUGCAGUGCAUGCAGACCUAUGUUAUUGACAGCUACACUCGGUUUGCUGCGAGCGGACUGGCCGCUGUUGUGGUGCUGCGCAGCCUUGCAGGCUUUAGCUUUCCUCUGUUUGCGCCCUCCAUGUACCAUGCUCUGCAUUAUGGCUGGGGGAACAGUUUGCUAGGCCUGCUCAGCAUUGUCAUCGGGGUUCCCGCUCCAUUUCUGUUCUGGUUCUUUGGGGCAAAGCUUCGCGGGAUGUCCCGGUAUGCUUCUGGUUAA